AUGGCAUCCAAUGGUGUUAAGCUCAUGGGUUCUAGUAACUGGAGCACCUGGUACAAGUCUGACCCUAAGUAUUGGACGGCCAUCAGUGCUUGGCCAGUCUCUAAUCCACCGUUAAUUGAAGGCGAAGACGAUUACAAGUCACUGCUCGACGGCGACAAUUUUGCGCCGGAUCCCAAAGUCGCGCCAAUCCCUAACCUCUUGAACAUUAACCUCAGACCGAUUAGAGUCGAGCUACAAGCAGCAAUUGUAUACUACAACAUUGAUCUUCUUAAGUACGAAAAACAGGUCAAACAGAUCAAGGCCGCCAGAAAGGUUCUUUUUGACUCACUAUCGUCGUUGAUCCAGUCGCAGGCGGCUCACCUCACCGAUCCGGUCGAUCUUGCCAACUACCUCGUCGAGACAUACAGACCGGUAGAGACAGUCGUUAGACAAGAUGUCCUUAGAAAGAUGCGAGUUCUUACUCUUGCGGGUAGUAAGUAUAACAUGGAGUACUACCUCAACAAGUUCUAUGAGGCGCGGACUGAGUUGGCCGAAGUCGGUACCCAGAUGAAUGAUUCGGAGUUAUGUGACUACAUCAUCUAA